AUGGCGCCGUUGGGCGGUACGAUCCGCCUUCUCCUGUCACUGCUGCUGGGAGUUGGUGGCCUACUGCCGGUGACGGUGGACACCAAAUAUGUCGAGGGGCACCUACGGACAUCCGAUAACUGGGCCUUCCUGGCGAGGUUUUGCUUCCUCUCGGGGAAGGGUAAGUACGAGUACCUGAUCGAGUACGAGAAGAAACUCGGCGAGCUGAAGCUGCUCCUUUACUACGACGACCAGACUCAGUGGCCGGCGGUCUACAAAACGGAUAAGACGUGCACCGAGAAGCUGGCCGUGCUACACCCGGAAGACAACCAGAUCGUGCCGCUGUCCCCCCGAACCCCGUACAACGUGUUCUCCGGCUGUCUGCUGCGUACACCGACGGCCAAAGAAACGCCAGAUGAUCCGUUGCCACGGGACACGGCCGGGCCGGGAGUUUCCCGGCGCUCGACUCCUGCGCCACCACCAGCAGCACCGGCCCCGGCAGGGGGCGAUAUCCGUCCGGACGACGAUGCGCAGUACUUCGAUCAGUUUCUCAAGACCAGCACCGUGGCACAGCCGGAAUCGGAUUCGGAAUUCAACGACGACACCAACGACACACAGCACAGCUCGACGGAAUCACCCUUCGAAACGUUCGCCACGGCCAUGGGAUACGCCGGCGACAACGGGGAUGCGAAUCUGCUCGAGAACAGCACCGAUUUCCGGUCGCUGGUGGAGCAACUGUUUCCGGACCCGGGUGCCGAUCGGCGGCGGCGGGUCCGCGAGUCAUCCCGCUACGAAACCCGGCUCAUCGUGAGCUGCAGCAACUUCGGAAGCUUCACCAGCUCGCGGGAACGCUGGUGGUACAUUGCGAUCGCCAACUGUGACGGUGGUGGACGCGGGCUGGACGUGAAGUACCGCUUCCGGAUGACGAACGGACCGCCGGGCGACUUUUGGCACGAGCACUUUUCGGCGGACGAGAUGUUCAUCCCACCGAUCCUGCUGGCGGAAGCGAUCGCCUACAGUAUGCUGCUGCUGGCCGUGUUCAUCUGCGCCGUGGAACUGAAGGCUCGCCACCUCUACCACUGCACCUACCGCCUGUUCACGCUCAGUGUCCUGCUGCAGUGGUUCGGGUUGCUGCUGCUUAGCGUCACCUGGACCAAGUACGCCGUCUCCGGAAUCGGUCCGUUUCCGAACUUUGGCGGCAUCUUUACCAGUGCGAGUGAGAUCACGUUCCUGCUGCUGCUGCUCCUGAUGGCUAAGGGCUACACGAUCACGAGGGCCCGCCUGAAGACGUGCGCCACGGUCAAGAUCACGAUCUUCAUCAACCUUUACGUGGUGGUUUACGUGACGCUCUACAUCUACCAGGCGGAAGCGUUCGAUCCGGGCGAGGUCCUGAACCUGUACGAAUCGCCGGCCGGUUUCGGGUUGGCCGGCCUCCGAUGUGUAGCCUGGGGCUUUUUCCUGUACUCGUCGGCUGCCACCAUCCGGAAGUUCGCCGAGAAGGUCCCGUUCUACUAUCCCUUCACGAUGCUCGGCUCGUUGUGGAUUCUGAGCGGUCCCGUCCUGACUCUGCUCGGUGUUAAUGUGCUCGAUCCUUGGGUGCGAGAAUCGGCCAUGCACGGGGCACUCGGAGCGGUAGCGUUCGCCGGUCACCUGGCCUUCCUGUGGCUAACGUGGCCAUCGCGGGCCAACAAAAGUUUCCCGUAUCACGUGCGCACCAACCACGUGGGGGUUUCACUCGGCGAGGACGAUGAGGCGACGUAUCCGAAGCACACUUACGAACCGACCGGGACACUCCAUCAUCUCCACCAUCGUCAUCACCAGCACGAGCUGGUGAACGGGAACGGUCACUUCACGAUGCCACUGGCGGUGGCCACGGCGGUCGCGGCGGUAUCACCACCACCUGCCUCGUUCCAACCGUCGAUCGAUGUGAUCUACGAUCAGUAUCUGCGGGGCGAUCGCGAACUUUACCAGAGUGGCUCGACACCGCUCAGCUACGUGUCGUUUCCGCCGGCAGCUCCGAAACCCGUGGUGGCGGCGACGGCGAUGAACGGGACGGAGACGAUCAACAGCCCAACAACGGCGGGGGCACUGGCACGUCACCUGAACGGCGGUGGAAGUCCACCGGCCCGCAGUGACACGAUCGAGCCAGCGGAGCCCGAUUCGAGUAGCGUCGUCUCGGAAGCUCCCCGGGAGGUCACUGGGAAUGGGAGUGUGGCGGGCGGGGAAGAGCGGCGAGUCCACAAUCCGUUCCUGGCCGGUGGUGCUGCUGCGGAUGGUGAGGCGAGGCGUCCGCAUCGUAUCAUCCUGCCGAGCCUGGAACACCAGACGCCGGUCGGGAGCGUUGGAAGUGGUGGCGAUGGCGAGAAGUCGUCGGGGCCAACGGUCCCGAGGCACCUGUUUGCGGCCAAGGGACUCAACUAG